AACCGACGAUCGAGUCAAUCGAGAGUUCCCAAGACAACAACAGAGGCCUCCACCCUCCAGCUCUGCCAUUGGGGCAGCAUCAGCACGCGCCUUUAUUUAGGCCGCACCCGAGGACUCAAAAGCGCAGCAGCAGAGCUUUAUUAGCGCCCCCCAAGAACACCGAUUCCAUUCCUCCUCAAUUCCUCCAGUGCCACCACCAAAAUACUCCUCCUACUCCUCAAAGAAGAGCAGGAAGUGGAGGCGAGGAAGUGGCCUUGGCGAUCUUGAGAUGGGUAUCUUCUUCUUGGGCGCUUCCUCGAGCCUGCUCUUCGCGGAGGAGGACAUGAGCAGCGUCCUUGGCUUGAGAGACGGAGAGGUGGCGGCGGCGGGGCGCGGCGGCCUGGAUUUCUUGGACGCCGCCGCCGGCGCUGUGUUCCCGGUGGACAGUGACGAGGUCGUGCGGUUGCUGAUGGAGAAGGAGAUGGAUUAUCGGCCCAAGGAUGGCUAUGUGGAGAGGCUGCAGCAAGGCGGAUUCGAGUCGUCCUGGAGGAAAGACGCCAUGGAUUGGAUUUGCAAGGUCCAUUCCUACUACAAUUUCGGACCACUGAGCCUUUGCCUCUCGGUGAACUACCUGGACAGGUUCCUCGACUCGUUUAAUCUCCCACUUGACAAAUCUUGGAUGCAACAGUUGAUGUCAGUUGCUUGCUUAUCUGUUGCUGUCAAGAUGGAGGAGACCGUGGUCCCUCUUCUUGUGGACCUCCAGGUUUGCGAUCCAAAGUGUGAGUUUGAAGCAAGGAAUAUCAAGAGGAUGGAGCUUCUUGUGAUGGAGACCCUGAAAUGGAGGAUGCAGGCUGUGACCCCAUUCUCUUUCAUGUGCUACUUCCUGGACAAGUUCAAUGAAGGAAAGCCACCGAGUUAUAUGCUGGCCUCACGGUGCGCCGAGCUCAUAGUGGACACUGUUAAAGACUUCAGCUUCUUGUCAUUCAGACCUUCUGAGAUUGCUGCCGCAGUGGUGCUAUCAGCGCUUGUUGAGAAUCAGGUCGUCGACUUCAACAGUGCCCUUGCGGCAUCUGAAAUCCCUGUAAAUAAGGAGAUCAUUGGGAGAUGCUAUGAGCUCUUGGUGAAGAGGAGAGGGGACCAAAGUGCAAGGUCUUCAGUGCCACAUAGCCCGAUCGCCGUGCUGGAUGCGGCAUGCUUCAGCUUUAGGAGUGACGACUCGGCACUAGGAUCAUCGCUGUCAAACAACAACGAUCAGGCAUCUACUCCAGCUUCCAAGAGGAGAAGGCUCAGCACAUCACCAAUCUGAUACGCCGUACAUAUACAACUUGGUGUUGCUCUCAGCUUGUUCAUUCAAUUAUCAUCUUACCCAAAAGCCCAUCAAUCAACAGGGUGGCAAGUAAUGGUGCAAAAGUAAUUAGUAAAAAGGGCACCUGGGCAAUUAGAGGGAAGUGACCAGUAAUAAGUUAAUACCGGCUUGUCGAAUUCUGAAAGCAGAGAGGAGGGAGUGUUCUUCCCUUUCAAUUUUGUCUCUCCAUUCUACCAUUUCUUUUCCCCCUCUUUUCCCUCUGUGAAGGCCUUUCUGAAGGAGAUCUUUGUGGGUAUGAGAUUGGUGAGAAAAUCAACAAAAUUGGAUUCCUUUCGUUCUA